AUGUCCGCUUUCUCGCUACGCGCGUAUCGGGCGAGCCGAAGCUGUGUGUCAUGCGUGCGGAGUCAGCGCUUCUACUCGACCUCGCAGUCUGCCGCUUCUCCCACACCGUCCAAAGAGACGCAACGGGCACGGCUCCGAUUUGCGCCUUCUCCCACGGGUUAUCUUCACCUCGGUGGACUGCGCACUGCGCUCUUCAAUCACCUCUACGCACGUGCGCUCGGAGGCAAGUGGAUCCUGCGCAUCGAAGACACCGAUCAGACGCGGCUCGUUCCGGGCUCGGUCGCAGCGCUGCAAGAGACACUCGAGUGGGCCAAGCUCGACUACGACGAGGGGCCAACGGCGGGUGGCAGCCACGGGCCCUACGUACAGAGCGAACGUCUCGAUCUGUAUCGGCACUACGCCGAGAAGCUCAUCGCGGACGGUAAGGCGUAUCGCGACUUUCGUGCCGAGGCGGCUGCGUCGCCCGAUGCGGACGCGACGCGCACCAAGCACAUUCCGCUGCGCGACGACUACAUCGCGCCCACCGAGGCCGAGGCGAAGCAUCUCAUCUCGCUAGGCAAGCCGCACGUCGUGCGUCUGCGCGCUCCGACCGGCUCGCUGGAUCAUCACGACCUGGUGUACGGCGAGCUGCACUUCCCCGCCGACCCGCAACGCCACGGCACCGAGGACCCGAUUCUGCUCAAGUCCAACGGCUGGCCCACGUACCACCUGGCCAACGUGGUGGACGAUCACGAGAUGCGCAUCACACACGUGCUGCGCGGCGAGGAAUGGCUGCCCUCGCUGCCCAAGCAUCUGUGGCUGUACGAAGCGCUGGGCCUCACACCGCCGCAAUUCGCCCAUCUUCCGCUGCUCGUCAAUGCCGACGGCACCAAGCUCAGCAAGCGCACCGGCGACGUCCGCGUAGAGAGCUACCGCGACAAGGGCUUUGAGCCCGAGGCGCUCAACAAUUUCCUCGGCCUCAUGGGGUACAACAACCUCGCGUACCAUUCGGCCAAUCUCGGCGCGGGCGCCACCCACACCAAGGCCAAGGCGGAGGGCGAGCAGGACGCGACGGGCUACGACGUACUGACCAUGGCCGAGAUGGUGCGUGGUUUUGACAUUGCGCACGUCAACCGCAGUCGGGCUACCGUCGACCUUGCCAAGCUCUACUACCUCAAUGCGCGCCACUUGGCACUCAAGCUCGACGACAAGCAACCGGGUGGGGGUCGCGAUGAGAUCGUAGCCAAGGCGAGACCAAAGCUCGUCGAGGCGUUCCCGGAGGUUGCGGAGCGGCUGCAGGGCGAUUCAGAGCUCGUAGAGCAGGUGGUGGUGCUGGCAAAGGGCACGUCAGCAACGCUGUACGACGUGCCCGAGUCGGCAGCCCCGCUCUUCCGCCAGCCUGACUUUGGGCUGGCGGAAGUGCAGGAGUUGUUCGCACGCAACGCCAUGGUCAACCGCCACUUUGACGCCGCCGUGCGCGAGGCGCAGCGCCAAUUCGAAACGCUCAGCUCCUCGCACAGCUGGACGAGGGAGGGCAUUCACGACGUGAUUGCGCGCCUGCCAAAGCUGCUUUCGGACGCAGCCCCACCCAGCACCGACGCCAAGACUGCCAAAACCAAAGUCAAGAAGGCGGCCAUCUUGGCGCCUCUUCGCUUCGCCAUCAGCGCGAGGGAGCGAGGCCCACCGCUGGCCGACUUGUUCCUCUUCCUCGGCGCCGACGAGUCACUAAACCGCCUCCAAAACGCAAUCGCAGCUCUCGAGGUACACCAACUGCGCGCAUCAUCAUCACACUAA